AUGAAGCGGCUCGCGACAGGCUUGCCAAAGCCUCACAGCAACACAAGGAAGUCAUUCCUCGAAGAGUGUACGGGUAGCAGGAGUUUCUGCAGGAAACAACAAUCGAUAUGUACGGCGGUACGGCAGCAAACACGGCAAGCGUCAAGUAAAGGUCCUCGACCGCGCCAAGGAGUCCAGAAAGUGGGAAUGCUCACACCAUGGCUCGAAGCCUUCCCUGCCACAGCCAAACCCUUCAUUGAAGAGGUCGAUCAUCUGCUGGGCUACAAGCUGUCCAAGAUAAUAGAGGAAGGACCUAAUUCCACGCUCACGACAACGGAGAACGCGCAGCCGGCUAUCAUGUCCUCGUCUAUCCUCAUCCUACGGAUCCUAGAACAAGAGUUUGAUUUUAAGCCUGCGGAAAGGGUAAAUGUCACACUAGGCCACUCGCUAGGGGAAUUUGCAGCUCUGGUAGCAGGUGGCUUUGUAUCCUUCGAGGAUAGUCUAUACCUGGUGCAGAAACGAGCAGAAGUCAUGGCCGACUGCUCACGGCGGGCUUGCGCAGAACACGGCGGCGAAUACGGCAUGGUGGCCCUAGUCACCGAACCUGAUCACCUCCUCGCUCUGAUAGAAGCUAUCCGCGAGUUCCUCGGCCACCAUAGCGCCGGCUCAAAGUCAGAGAGCGCGGAGGACGUGCCGCCAAUUCAACAAGUGCUUAUUGCGAAUAUCAACAGCAAGAAUCAGAUCGUGCUGAGCGGGAAUAUUGAGAGGAUUCGGACAUUGUUGACGCAUGUGAGGCAGUUUGCGGGCCAUGAUCCGAGGGCUGUACGACUGAAGAGUGAUAGUCCAUUUCAUAGUCCUUUGAUGAAGCCGGCGGCCACGGCUAUGAAAAACUUGCUAGAGGGGAAGAGUAGAAUGAAGGGGAGGGAAAGCGAGGAUCUGGUGACGUUUCCCGGGCUCAUGGAGUGUGUGAGUAAUGUCAGUGCCAGGCCGUUUCAGAGUAAGGAGGAUCUGAAGGAUCUGUGGGCGAGGCAGUGUGUGGAGACGGUGAGGUGGUGGGACAGUAUCAAAUUUUUGGAUCAGGAGCAGAACGUUAGGAGGUGGAUUGGCAUUGGACCUGGGAAGGUGGGUAGGAAUCUCGUGGGCAAGGAGGUUGGUAUCAAAGGGAAGGAUCCGGUCAAAGGAGGCGGAGUUUGGGGAAUCAGUGACCCGAAGGAGAUCGAGGAGGUUCUGAGAGCUCUUGAGGAGACUGAGGUCUCGAGUGUUGAUGAUCAAUAA